CUCAAUGUUUUGCUUUGAGGGAAUUAAAGACACAGCGGGGAUCGAUCCUUCCCAGAGUAAUUUGUCAUCCACAGACUGUCUGCGGUACGAAAAUCAAUCUUCAGCUAGGGACAAGUAUGUUUGACACCCAGCUAUGAAAUAAAAUGGAGGAAGAAGAUGUAAUGAAUACAAGACUUGCAAUCAAGGAAUCAUUGAAGAAGCUUGAUGAAUAUACAACUUACCUGAGAUCAAGGCUGACAGAUAUCAAGUCCACCCGUGAAGGCGUGAAUGAUAGUAUUAGCAAAGCACGUACAGUGGUUAAUGAGAGAUUUGAAGAAAUCAAGAAGGAAAUAGCCCAUGUGUUAGAAGCUCGCCAAAGAGGAAUUUUAAUGAGGAUGAUGCCACUCUCCUAAGUGAAGGAAAGAACUUGAAUAAUGAGCUGCAAAUUUCAUCUAUAAGGUAUCCUGACACACCAUGUAUAUCACAAACUCUUUCUGUAAUGUUCAGCGAGAGUCACACCCAGUCAGUUCUAGAGGCUGUCAAUUCUUUGGGAGAAAUGUCCAUGACUGGCACACUUCAAGUAACUGAACUGUCCGAGCAGCCUGGAGCCAUCCUUGUGCAGUGGUAUGAUGAGACAUUUUCAGACAGUGAAUCAAUCACAGAUUACAGUGGAGUUCAAGAAUACAUGCUACAGUGUUGUCGCACUGACAACAAAGGAAACAGCAACUCAGUGUUCAGUACAGUAUACUGUGGUGAAGAAUCAUCACAUUUAGUCACAGAUCUUGAGCCACAUGUGUCAUACACUUUCCGUGUCUGUGGAAGGUUUGGAAAUGAGGGGAAAUGGGGAUCAUGGAGUAUUCCUAGGAAUGGAAUCACAACACUUGACCAACAUGAAUGGUCUGCUGCAGAUUGUCUCAAUCAGAAUAAACUUGCUGUCUAUCAGCUGAGUAACAGACGGAAAACCGCAACUAAAGUGUUCCCUGACUGCUCCAAGGUUUUGCGAUCAAAGACAAUGAGUUACAGACUUGACACAGCAUUGGUUCUCAAGAUCGACGAGACUGGUGAUUCCAGCAAUGGUGAUGGUAUUGGUCUAACAACUGGGUCAUUUGAUUUUAGCAAUGCUAGACAGGUUCUUCAAUGCCCUGGUUCUGUUAGCAUCAAUUCUAAAGGUAUCGUAUAUGUCAAUGGAGUACCCAUGACAACAAGAUUGCCGCCAUUCAAGCGUGGCUCUGUAGUUGUAUUUGAAGCAAGUAGAGUCUCCAAAGAAAAGCUUCGAGUGUCAAUCACUAUGGAUGACAAGCUAGUGACAUUUGAUUGGCAGGUGGAUGACCCCUGUGAUGGAUUUUAUUUUGCAAUGGGUUUUCAACAUUCUGGUUGGCAAAUUUCAGUCUAAUGUUAAAUUUUUUUCCUUCAGAUAGCAUUUAAAGACCUAAGUAUAGACUGAAAAUAUUUGAUUUAUAGAUAGAAAAGUUUAAAUUGAGUUUACCUGUUAAUUAUAAGCAUAAAAAUUAGAGCAAAAUUUCAUGGUAAGGUAGGUUUUAGCCAUGAUAAAUAACU